GCAUCGCAAAAGAACGCUUUCGUCCUCUUCAAGGCCUCAUGGUGCAAAGUAUGCCAGUCAAUAGCUCCUGUGUUCGAGAGACUUGAAGAGACAUAUGCAACGAAUCUCUUCCUUGUUGUGGACAUCGACCAGAACGAGGGCACUGCCGUUUCGCAAGGAGUUGACGCCAUGCCAACCUUUGUGGCGUACAAGAAUGGCGACAAAGUGGACGAG